AUGGGCCCACCAGCAAUUAUUGCUCCCUCGAUUCUCUCUGCCGAUUUCGGCUCUCUCGGUGCAGCAUGUUCCGGUUUGAUGAAGGACGACAGCGACUGGAUCCAUGUUGACAUUAUGGAUGGUCAUUUCGUGCCAAACAUCACCUUCGGGCCUCCGGUUGUCUCGAAGAUAAGAACUCACGUCCAGAGACCGACUUCUGCAGGCGGAAAGGGGACGUUUGAUUGCCAUAUGAUGAUCGCUGAGCCUCAAAAAUGGGUCAAAGAGUUUAAAGACGCCGGAUGCGACCUAUAUUGCUUCCAUUACGAGGCGGCUGUCAAGUCUACCGCUGCCAAGGAGCCCUCGGAUAACUCGACGAUUGCUCAGACAAGCCCGAGGGAGCUAAUUCGUUAUAUACAUGAACUAGGCAUGCAGGCAGGUAUUGCCAUCAAACCAGAGACCAGCGUAAAUGUACUCUGGGAGAUAUUAGAGAAUAAGGAGGAAAUCGAGCGACCAGAUAUGGUUCUCGUCAUGACCGUUAACCCAGGCUUCGGCGGCCAAAAGUUCAUGGCUUCUGAAUUACCAAAGGUCCAGGCCUUGAGAGCCAAAUACCCAGACAUGAACAUCGAGGUCGAUGGUGGGCUGGGCGUUGGAACUAUAGACCAGGCAGCCGAUGCGGGUGCAAAUGUCAUCGUUGCUGGAUCCGCCGUUUUUGGAGCCCAGAACCCCGCAGAAGUAAUUGCCAAACUGCGAGAGGCGGUUGAAAAGCGAAGAGAAACUUAG